UCCGCAGAAAACUGGAGAGGAAGCGCAAGUUCUGCUGACAACUGCGCCCAGCCUUAGCCCGGAGCAAAGUACACAGAGGGGAGGAACACACAGGGUACAACAGGGUUACGCGGCGGAGGAGGAGCAGCUGCUCGCGGCAACAUGGACGCACCCGCCGUCUUCACGGAGAAAGAGUUUUACCAGCAGAAUUUUAACCCUCAGGCGUAUUUAAAAGAAUACUACAGCAUGAGCAGCAGCCCGAAAUGGGCACAAGAGUUCAUGAAGCAGAACCUGAGGACGCUGCAUAAAAUGUUCUCCUUGGAUGGGGUGAGAGGUGACAUCCUGAUAGACGUGGGCUGUGGCCCCACCAUCUACCAGCUCCUGUCUGCUUGCGAGCACUUCCAGGAGAUCUUUGCCUUGGACUACACUGAUCAGAACCGCCGGGAGCUGGAGAAGUGGCUGAAGAGGGAACCGGGAGCGUUUGACUGGGAGCCGGUGGUGAAAUACGUSUGUGAGCUGGAGGGGGACAGGGAGAAGUGGGCUGAGAAGCAGGAGAAGGUGAGGAGGAAGGUGACRCGGGUUCUGAAGUGCGAUGUGACCAAAGCCAACCCCACGGAGCCCGUGUCRCUGCCCGCAGGCGACUGCAUCGUGUCCACGCUGUGCCUGGAGGGCGCCUGCAAGGACCUGCCCGCCUUCCGCAGCGCCCUGAGCAACAUCAGCACCCUGCUSAGACCCGGGGGACACCUGGUCAUGGUCACCGUGCUCGGGGAGASCUACUACGCCUUCAACAAGCAGGUGUUCUCGUGCCUGCUGCUGGAGAAGCACGAGGUGCAGGAGGCUGUGAUCGCCGCUGGCUUCSAGCUGAAGUUCUUUGAGGAUCGGCCCUACACGGCGGACGACGAUGGCACCGACAUCAAGGGUGUGAUCGGCCUGGUGGCACAGAAAUGUCCCUCUGCCACCGUGUAGGGGGGGCUCGGGGGGACAGCGGUGCUGAGCGUGGCUCAGAAAGCAGCUCGGGGGUUCCCAGCCCUUUAUCUGCUCUGAAUAAACUCCUGAGUGCUCCA